AUGUCUAGUGUGGGCAGCUAUGGAGUUGGUGACCAGAGCAUAGAAGCUCCGCCGUAUUCGCCCAUAACACCGUGCAUGAAUACAAUUAACUGUGGUGAUGGUAAUAAUGCUGUGGUGGAGGUUCCUUCUACAACACCGCUUAUGGCCGGGGAGAUGAGCAUUGAAGCCCCCGCUUUUUCUCCGUUAACUCCAAUUGCUAUUCCAUCAUUACCUCUGCCGUCACCAAUGCCUCAAAUGUCUCCAAAAACUAGAGAACUAUUAAAUGUCUUAGAAGGAUGUGAAGAUUUUGACAGUGAUGAUUCCGUGCAAGACCCUAACUAUGUAAUUGAUGGUUUCGCUGAAGCAUAUUCUAGUGACGAUAGCUCGAACAAAUCAGCGUCCAUAAUUACGACACAAGUAACUAUCCACGGUGAAUCUUCUAGUGUCAAAACAAAAAAUGUAAUAUCAACCGGUUUUCAUGACGAUGGACAGCCGCAGACGAGUAGUAGAGUAGAUUUGGACCAGGUAACUGCUAUUGGUGAAGAACCUAUGCCACUGGAAAAAGAAAUACCUAUGAAUGAAGGAAUACAAGGCAGGCCUUCAAAAGGAAGGAAAAGAAAAUUUGGCCAAAUGACUAGAGAAGAAAGGAAACAAAGAAAGUAUAAAAACUUAUCUUACGUUAAUUAUAAGAAAAAAGAAAUCUAUACUGAAGAAGCACAUUCAGCUGGCAUUAAUGUCUUAUCAUAUCCAAAAGUAAAACAAAUUUUCUUAACCAAAUUUAAUCUUCGCACCAAACCCCUAAAUAAGGAUACUUGUAACAAAUGUGACUUUUACGAAAAUAAAAAGAAUUUGAUAACAGAUGAAGAAGCAAAGAAAAAGAUUAUAGAAGAACAUAAUGCCCAUCUUAAAACUGCAGAAGAUCUUAAAAAACGACUGAAAAAUGACAUGGCUCUCGCAAAAACUGAUCCCUACACAGAAACAAUUACAUACGAUUUAGAAAAAACGUUGCCACUUCCACGCAUUCCUACGAAUAUUGUAUUUUAUAAGAGACAGUUAUGGAUGUACAAUAUGGGCAUACAUACGGGAUCAGAUGAUCAAGGGCACUGUAACAUUUGGGUAGAAGGUGAAGCUGGGAGAGGCUCCCAAGAAGUAGGUUCUUGUCUUAUUAAGCACCUGUCGGAAAGAUUGAAAGAAGGAGUGACUAAUCUUAUUUUGUGGAGCGAUUCUUGUGGCGGGCAAAAUAGAAAUAUUAAGCUCACACUUAUGCUUAAAGCUUUUUUGAACGAUCACCCAACAUUACAGCAAAUUUUUAUUAGAUUUUUAGAGUCUGGACACAGUUUCUUGCCCAAUGACACUGAUUUCGGGAAAAUAGAAUGUGCUCUGAAAUACCAACAAAGAGUUUACCUACCCGAAGAUUAUAUGAACACAAUGAGAACUUGCAAAAAAAAUAAACCUCUUCAAGUGCACAGAAUGGAAGUCAAAGAUUUUCUUGGAUCAGCUAAUCUUGAAAAAGCAAUCACUAAUAGAAAAACAUCUAUUACUGGCGAAAAAAUUUCUUGGCUUAAAACCAAAGAAAUUUUAUUAAAAAAAGAAGCAAUGUUUUCGUUAUUUAUGCGAAAAAAUUUAGAGGAUGAUUAUGAAGAAGUUGAUCUGAAAAAACGGCAACGUGGAAGACAACCCUUCAUUUCCAGAGAUAUGAUGAAUUUGCUUUGGCCAAAUGGUAAACCUAUAGCAGCUGCGAAAUUGAGCGAUAUUAAAAGCCUUAUGCAUUUGAUUCCACGUGAUGCUCACACAUUCUACAAAAAUCUGAGAGGUGACAAUAAUGUAGAAGACGAUAUUGAUGGGUUUGGUGCUGAACCUGAUUUUGAGAUAGAGUAUGAAGCUGAGGAAAGCGAUGCUACUUAA